AUGCCAACAUUUCAACAAAUAAAAGACUCAAAAAUCAAAUCAUUGACAACGACUAUUCGGCAAAACCAGACGCCAUAUAAAUCAACAACAAAAGAGUCACCAAUUAAAUUUCAAUAUGGAUUAAUUGAGUUCUUAGAAUCAGAGCUAGUUUAUCAAGAAGACUUGUCCAUGGUUAAAAAUGUGUAUAAAGCACUAUUGGAGCAUUGUGUGGAUUAUCGAUACAUUUUUGAUCAGAAUGAAAAAGAUCUUCUCUUCACUGACAUGGUAAAACUAAUGAAUGUAUCGUUUAGAUUCUCGCAACAAAUACAUGCCAAAAUCUCUACAUUUUAUCUGGUUCAAUCCUCACAAGCAGUUAAAUUACUAAUUUUACAAACUGAGGGUAUAAAUAAUUUAUUAAAAUUUGAUUUAGGUGAAUUUAUAACAUUAUUUCUCUUUGAACUUCAAGAAUUCAAGAGAAAUAUGUUCAGAUACUCCAUUACUCAAGAGUUCAGAAUGAAAUUGUUAUAUGACAAGAAAAAACUUGGAGGUCCACUCAUGGAACGAUGGUUAAGAGAAGCAAAUGUAAGCAAAUCUGGCACCACAAGUCCAACCAAAAUUUUAUCAUUAGAGGAGUUAUUACUGAGACCAAUACAGAGAUUGACGAAAUACCCACUACUACUCAAACAAUUAAUUGAUAAUUCAGACAAUAUUUGGACAGGGUUACAAAAACAUAAUAUGAAUGUUGCGCUAAUUAAAGUUAAUCACUUGUUACAAAGUUGCAAUUCUAUUUAUCAAGUAAAUAAUUGGCUGGAUUAUCAUUCAUUAAGAGAAGAUGUUGAAAAAUACAAGUUGAUAAAAUCUCCAUCAAUUAACAAUUUUAAAAAUGAAUUAAAGUUAUCAACUUCUAUCAAUGAUCAAUGUCCAAAUAUUGUCAAUCAAUAUGAGAAUGUAUUCACUUUACUACAGAACUUAUCCAUAACAAUUGACACUCUUCUAAAGGGGAUGAUCAAAUUUACUGACAAUAAUUGUAAAUAUUCAAAGUUUUGGAAUGAUUUCUUAUAUGAAACAAGUUUGAAACAAAAAAUAAAUAAUAAUGAGGAUGUAACUAGAUAUAUUCAAUCUUCAUACCUGUGUUAUCAAGAAAAGACCAUGUUCCAAAAGUGUAAGACUAUAGAACUAGUUCUGAAUAUUAGAGAUGAAAUAUUGGUUCGACAUGAUCUUGCCAUUGAAAUUUGCAACCAAGUUAAUUUUAAAAUUAAAACUCAUUCUAUAUUGAAAAAAAAAUAUAUUGAUUACAUGGACUCAAUAGAGAAGAAAAAAGGGAAAGGUAAUGAUAAAGGAUCAAUAUUCAAGAAUAAUCGGAAAACUAUGUCCAUGGUACAAACAUACAUUCACCUUGGAAACCAAUUAAAAGAGCAACUUCCGCUCUUGACCGGAUAUAUCAAAGCUCUAUGUUGGCACACGGUGACAGAAUUAAAUCGAUUCAAUAUAAAAUGGAUCGAAUCAAUUUUUGGUCGUACUUCUGUGCAAACCCACAGAGACAUUAACGAUGUUAUAGAUUUUUAUCAGACUUGUAAAUGGGGUGAUAAGGGAGACCAUUCGAUGAACAUGUGA